AUUUUCCUUCAAUUAUAUCACAUUAGCAAAGUGUUCACAAGUAUUAAGCCUAAAUGAAUGUCUGACAGGCUUGAGUUUUAACAUUUCUGCAGUGUGAUAAUAAAUCAUUUUGAUAACUGGAGCCAGAACCUUUCUGUACUCCACGUAACUCAUAAAGUAUUGAAAUGAUUCAAGAUAUGAAAACGUUGAUUUGUUUUAUCCAGAACCGCAUCUCCACCAUUCAUUUGUAUGUGUGUAUAAUGGACUUUUGCCCGGACUGUAAUGUCGGUGUUGUUGACGCACAAUCCAGCGGCCAAUCAGGGGUCUAAAUAUGUCUUAUGUCUCCAAUACCUCAGAAGAGUGUGUCACAUUAAAGUGACAUGAAAAAUAUGCGGUGUUGGGGGACUCCAGGAGAAGGAGUGGGGAACACCGCUUCAGCAUUUACACUUACUGUUUGUGAUCCUUUUGAGAUUUCAGAUGUUAUUUCUUUAUUUUUUAUGCUGUUGUUUGAGUAGGAGCUCUAUGCUGCCCUUUAGAAGUGCUGAUCGUAUGGGAUUGAACGUGCAGCUCUGGUUAAUAGUCCACUUACUCAAAGCAGAUGGCGAGAGGAGAUGUCUUCAGUAUAUGUCAGCAUGACUGCAGUCGAGUCAGACAGAAGAGUUUCUCCUCUGAAGAACUUUGUGGCUGGAGGGGUCGGUGGUGUCUGUCUCUUAUUUGUCGGACACCCGCUGGACACUAUAAAGGUCCGCCUGCAAACACAGCACACCGCUCUCUACAGAGGAACAUAUGACUGCUUCAGAAAAACUGUGUAUAAAGAGGGAAUAUUUGGCCUAUAUAAAGGGAUGGGUGCACCUCUAGCUGGUGUGACCCCGAUGAUGGCUAUGAACUUCUUUGGUUUUGGACUGGGAAAAGAGUUCCUGCAGAGUGACCCCACAACCCCACUCACGUACGCACAGAUCUACCUGGCGGGAAUGCUGGCCGGAGUCUUCACCACUGUGAUCGUGGCACCUGGAGAGAGAAUCAAGUGUUUACUACAGAUCCAGUCCUCGGCCCGUCACAUGAAGUAUGCUGGACCUGUCGACUGUGCACUCAGACUCUAUAAACAACAGGGAUUAUGCAGUGUUUACAAAGGCACUGUGCUGACUCUUAUCAGAGACGUGCCUUCCAACGGUUUAUACUUCCUGACAUACGAGUACUUGAAAAAUGUUCUGACCCCUGAAGGAGAGAGUGUUCAUCAGCUCAGCACAUGGAGGAUUCUCCUGGCAGGUGGGACCGCUGGUGUUUUAAAUUGGCUGAUAGCGUUGCCUGCAGAUGUGCUGAAGUCAAAGUACCAAACAGAUGCUGACGGCCGUUUUCAGGGUUUAAGAGAUGUGUUGAGAACUCUGUUACAGAAGGAAGGUCCUCGGGGUCUCUACAAAGGUCUGAGCGCAGUCAUGCUACGAGCUUUUCCUGCCAAUGCCGCUUGUUUUCUGGGCUACGAGGUUGCACUCAAGUGCUUCAACUAUGUUGCUCCAGACCUCUAGUGUCCUGAUGGCG